AUUUUCUUUUUCUCUCUUUCUCAGAUUAUCUACAUUCUUGCAUUGAUGCUUCUACUGAUCAAGGCCGAACAGGAAGAUGCAACACAAAAACCAGAAAUCGCGAAGUUGGAAGUGGUAGAUCUGGGCGAGACCGAAGUUGAUCCCGACUCCGAGCAGCUUGACGUUCAACGGAAACGGGACUCUGGAUAUGCUUAUAACAGGCUCAAUCGUGUCUCCCCGAGUGCUCGAAUUCGUUUCCGAGCAAAUCAGUUGAGGAGUCAAGCUGCAUCUAGACCUCCAGCUCGAUUAAGCAGACCGUUCGCGAAAUAUGGACCGCCCACACACGGUCAUUAUGCUCAACAGCACCGAAACAAGCUUGAACAACAUGAUGUCGGUCAACAGCAACCGCUCAAUAUCGACAAUGGAUUGACGCAGCUGGAAGUGCCGAGUCCGAUCAGAGACGUCGACUUCACAGUCGUGAAUCCAAUCGCUAGUCAGAAUGACGAGCCGUUCGGCAUGCACACGUCCAACUAUUUACCGCCGCAGAACCAAAAGCUGCCAGCUUAUUCGUCGGUCGACAAUUUUACUCCGCAGUUGCAGUCACCGCAAUUGCAAUCGCAGAACUCGCACAGCCAGAACCUCGUGCGGUCUCAGAUUUCUGAUGCGGCGCUGUUUCUGUCGGAAAACGCGCAAGCGAUCCAGCAAUUGUACGGUGCACCUGCUAACAAUCAGGACUUCGCGCCCGGCAACGAGCACUUUCAGACAGACAUCGGCAAUCAGGUCCCGAGCGAUCAGUUCAGGAGCUUCGAGAGCACCUUGCAGAGCCCGCAGGAAUUUCGCGGCGCGUUGCCGUCGUACGCUUCGGGAACGCUGAACCCUCACGAGACUCUGGAGCAGAUCCAAUCGCUGGAGAAGGAUCGGCUGAUCGUGCAGCUGCAGCAGGCACUCGCCCAGGCGCAGAGCAGCGAGCCGAGCGCAGAUGCAGCGGGCAGGUACGCUCAGAACCAAGCGAGUUUCGUUCCGAAUCGGGAGCUUCUUGCCUCCGUAAGCCAGCGGAUGAAAUCGCAUUUAUCCACGACGCCGCAAAGCUUUGGCCUCGCCACAGAGAGCGAAGCCUUUAGUCAGUCUCCUUUUCCGCCAGGCACCACGAUCAGUCCCCUGGGCCAGUUCCCGUUUAACUACGAUGUCGCGACUACCGCGCGAGCUCCGACUACGACUACCACAGCCGCCACGACGGUGGCGGGAUUACCACCCCCGCAGUCGCCCAAGGACGACGGUACUAGCCAAGUUGCUUCGUCGCAACCUGUUCCCAAUCAGCCUGGAUUACCCGCAGCUCCCAGCUCUCCCGUGGGAGUCCCCGUUUAUGGUGGUUUCGCGCCGACCGUCAUCGCGGGCACUAACUUCAUCCCCAGUUACAGCACCGGCCUACUUACGCCCGUCAGACCCGUGCGACCGGCUUUCGGCACGUCACCUACGCAGUUUGGAAUACCGAUUCCCACAGAGGCGCCUGGGGAACCGGCAUCGGAUUCACCCUCGGUUCCAACGACGACGACGCCCUCCUCGUUCAAACCUCCGCUGGCCAAUCAACCUGGAUUCGGCCUAACGCCGACGAUCACACCCGUGGCUCUGCCAGUUCAACCGAUACGACCUGUUGCUGCCCCUCUGCAUCCCCUCGCGACGCAUCCGGUGAUCAGCAAUCCCCCGCACCCCGUGCUGCCGGUCACGAGCACCGCCCAAGUGCAUCCGGUGCAAACUGCUACCCCCGCGGUGACCAGCAGCGUGCAGCACACGUACGGCGUGCAGACCGCACUGAUCAAUCCCAUUGUGUACAAGCCACUUAAAGCUGUCUAUCCAGUGUACUAUUACCCGAACGUAGCGUACCAGCUGCAGAAGCCCGCCCUGCUGCCGAGCUACCCGUGGAACUACGCGCCUUCGUACGCUCAGACGAAACCGGCGCAGACAUGGAAAUGAGGCCCGUUCUCUACGUUCUCAAACGCGAACGGAUAGCGCAGCACGAUACUUUCAGGCUGACUGUCUAUCCGUAAAAGAGAGAAGGUGAGAUUAAAGAAGAAAGUGCGGCGAGGAGUCAGCUAUCGUGGAGUCGCGUGAUCCUGAUGCGCUGGCGAUGCCGCCGUCAGAUCGAUCUUUUUACAAGUAAAUGAUAUCAUUUUCUUCUCUGAUCUGCUAAGAGAAUCUCGAGCUGACAACAGUAAGAACUGUGCUGCUCUGCUAAAUCAACUGUUUCGGCAAGUCAUUGAUUUUCAUUGGAGGAAACAUUGCGGCGAAAAAUUGCAAUUCUCGUCAUAGAAAUUUUAAGUAGAAUUACAGGGAAAUUGUAGAAUUUUAGAACGCAAGAACAUUCUCUUGAAGAAGAUUUUGUCACUUAAAUUAAUCAUAGCUAAUUAUAUAAGUGGAAAUAGAUCGAAAAUCUUUUGUGCUGAAACAAAUUAUUUUUUCUAUUCAUAGCUUUUUUAUUGAUUUUGUUUGAUUGUAAUGUUUUAAUUUAAUUAUUGAUGGCUCAGUUUAUCUAUCAAAAUCUGAUAGAUUUUAAUGGAACAUUCAUUGAGGGCCUCUCUCUGUUCCAAUUUCUCAUAUCAAGUGCGUGUAAAAUUAACUCUAAUUAACUAGUGAGAAAUUUUAUGCAAUACUGCUAGUAUCAUGCUAUGAAUUUCUCUACGAUUUCAUGAAUAAUCGUUAAAGUUUAACAUACAUUACAUACACGAAUGCGACUAGACGAGAUAUAUAGCUAAUCCCUCGAGAAUUGUAUUAUAAUGCAUUAUAAUGCAUAUAAGUUUCAGAAAACAAGAGAAUUAUGAGUUGCUAUUCGAUAACGAACGCGCAUGGAACGUGUAUGCAUGUUUUACUAUUACAAAUUAUUAUAAUAAUUGUCGAAAACGUGCUUUUCUCAUAUAAAAUAUUUUAAUCUUCUAUUCCAUCUAUUAUUGCGUGUACGUUAGCUUUAAGACGAGAAAGUGUCAUUAUGCAGAUGAUAACAGUUGUUAUUAGAAUUGAAAUAUUGGCGCAAAUGUUUCUUAAUCAUUACAGUUAAAAUUAUUGAUAUUGUGAAAGAAGUCAUUAUUUAAGUGAGAUCAUUGUGCAUGCUUCUGUUGCGUCUGAAGUAGAUUUAUACUUGAAUACAUCAUGUACAUAUGUAUGUCCUAUUUAUUUUGUGAAAUAAAUAUUUUGUUACUUUGGA